UCUGUUUCGGACAGAGCCGAGUCUUCUGCACUCUGUCCACUGCAGUGCGCAUAACAAAUGCUUCCUGUUCUUUAGAAUUCCUAAAUAUUUGCUGUCUAAAGAUGAUUCCGCAAAGAUGGGUCUUGAUGGCUGGACUGCUCGUCGUGGCCUUGGCGGCGCUGGCACAAGGUUUGAGCCGAAGCGAGCUUUUCCCUUACGGGGAGCAGUUUGGGGAUGCCAGUUUGGAUCGUGGAGACGAGAGCACGGCACAACUGUUCUUGAAGAAGCCGCUACACUUCUAUGACGGGACAUUCAGCAGCGUGUAUGUUGUCACCAAUGGCAUUAUUUCCACAAGUCCACUAACAGACAAAAAUGAUUACAUCAAUGUUUUUCCCACAAGUUUUGGGUCAGUUGCUCCAUUUUUAGCUGAUUUGGAUAUUUCAGAUGGAAUUGGAAAAGUGUAUUUUCGAGAAGAUUCCAGCCCAGAAUCAGUCCAGCAAGCAGCUGAACAUAUUAACCGAGGCUUCCCUGAAGAUGAAUUAUUCUACCCAAAAAGCACUGUAAUUGUCACAUGGGAAAAUGUGGCUGCCCACCAAGACCCUGAAAAUGAAAACCCUGUAAAUAAAAAGAGAAACACAUUCCAGGCAGUGCUAGCCUCAAGUGACAGCGCUUCCUUUGCCAUUUUUCUGUACCCAGAAGAUGGGAUCCAGUUUUUGGAAAGUAAACCACAAAGUAUACACAACAGUAAUAAUUUUGCUAAAGCGGGCUUUAGUAAAGGAGAGGUCCAGUAUUUUCUGUUUUCAAGGAAUGGGCCUUUCUAUGAGAUCACCUCAAAUAGCGAAGAAUCUGUGAAGGAACUUUGCAGGUUAACCAAUUCUGGAAGGCAAGGAGUAUGGGUUUAUGAAAUUGGGUCCUCUCCUUUUUUUACUGAUAUUGCUCCUGGUGAAGUAUCAGUGUUCCUUAAAGAGAUUAAUAACAUUCCUACUAAAGGAACACUGACUGGGGACCAUCAAAGAAAUGAUGUUGAGGUCACAGAAAUUCCCAAUAGGACAGAGGACAGUGAGGAGACAGUGCCAAAAGAAGACUAUAUUGAGACACACAAUAAAAGACAAGGCCCUGAAUAUGUCCAGCCACUGCUGUAUGAAAUUUCACAAGAUGUGCCUUCGGAUAAACAGUCAAUUGUAGAGUCAAAUCCCCCAGUGGAUGAACUCCCAGUGCAUUCUGUCCAGUUUCAGACUAAUCAGCGUCAGUCAUAUCCACCCCUGUACCCUGAGGUAGUAAUUGUUGAAGACGAUAUUGAAGUCAAUGGCAAUGUUUUUCCCUAUAAUAUAGGUCCUCAGGAGACAUGUGCUAACAGUCAGCAGACAUGCUCAGUUUUUGCAGAUUGCAGAGAUUACUCAACAGGUUACUGCUGUUACUGCCGUCCUGGCUUUUACGGUAAUGGAAAACAGUGCAUAGCAGAAGGCAAACCCCAGCGAGUGAAUGGCAAGGUGAAUGGUGCAGUUUAUGUUGGGAACAGCCCCAAUCCAGUACGGUUCUCUAACAAUGAUCUCCAUUCCUAUGUGGUUGCAAAUGAUGGUAGGGCUUAUGUUGCUAUAAGUGCCAUUCCACAAGAGCUGGGACCUUCUCUUAUGCCACUUUCAUCAAUUGGGGGCAUUAUCGGUUGGACCUUUGCAUUGGAGCAACCAGGAUAUGAAAACGGAUUCAGCAGUAUAGGGGGUGAAUUUACACGCACAGCUGAAGUCACAUUCUUUCCGGGGAAUGAGAAGCUCACAAUCAAGCAGGAGUUCAAAGGAAUUGAUGAGCAUGACCAUCUUGUGUUAAGCACUGAGCUAGAUGGACGUCUGCCUGAUGUCCCAGUUGGUGCUACAGUCCAAAUUGAACCAUAUACUGAGAUUUAUUACUAUGGAAGUUCAGUAAUCACUUCUUCAUCCAACCGUGACUACACUGUGACCAUAGAGGAUACUGAUGUCCAAAAACUCUCCUACCAAUGGAAGCAGAAAAUUACAUUCCAGAGCUGUCGACAUGAUGAGGCUACCAGAUCCAUGCCUGCAACCCAGCAGCUCAAUGUAGACACCAUUUUCGUCCUCUAUGAUGCCUCCAAUCAAAUCAUUCGAUAUGCAAUGAGCAACAAAAUUGGCACCAUCAGCAGUGAUGAUGAUGAUGAUCAAAAUCCUUGUUACACUGGAACACAUAACUGCGACACCAAUGCAGCCUGUCGGCCAGGUCUGGUAAAGCAGUUCACCUGUGAAUGUGCUGCUGGAUUUCGGGGCAACGGAUACACUUGCUAUGAUGUUGAUGAAUGCCAGGAUAGUCCUAAUAUAUGUGGCAAUAAUGCUGUCUGCAAUAAUCUGCCAGGCACCUUCCGCUGUGAAUGUCUUUCAGGAUAUCAGUUUGCUCCAGAUGGGCACACUUGCAUAGAUAUUGAUGAAUGCCAGCCAAACAGAUGUCACAAUCAUGCCACCUGCUACAACACACCAGGUUCUUUCUCAUGUCAAUGCAAGCCUGGAUACCGAGGGAAUGGAUUCCAGUGUAUACCUCAAGAACAAGAGAAGACUCCAUGUCAGUUGCACAGAGACAGAAUUCUUGGCGUUGCUUCUCCAAGAGGUCCUCGACCUGUUCCUGGCCAAUAUAUCCCAGUCUGUGAUGAUCAGGGUAAUUACCGUCCAUUACAGUGUCAUGGCAGCACAGGCCAGUGUUGGUGUGUUGAUCGUAAUGGACAAGAGAUUUCAGGAACAAGGACACAGCCAGGGAUCAGGCCUCCAUGUAUCGAUCCUGGUGUCCCCCCAACUCCUGUUGGACCCACUCCAAGGCCAGGUGUCCAUCCUUUACCACCUGGUACUCACUUACUCUUUGCACAGAGUGGAAAAAUUGACUAUGUACCACUGGAGGGACACAAUAUGAAAAAGAAUGAUGCCAAAACUGUUUUGCACCUUCCUGACAAAGUGGUCAUAGCGGUGGCUUAUGACUGUGUUGAUAAAAUGGUGUAUUGGACAGAUAUUACUGGACCAUCAAUCAGCAGAGCUCUUCUGUCAGGUGGAGAGCCCAUUUCAGUAAUCCAAACAGACAUAGAAAGUCCUGAGGGAAUUGCUGUGGAUUACUUGGGUCGCAACCUGUUCUGGACAGACUCCAUGCUGGACAAGAUUGAGGUAUCAAAGCUUGAUGGCAGCCAGAGGCGGGUCCUUUUUGAUACAGAUCUAGUGAAUCCCAGAGCAAUUGUGACUGAUCCUGUAAAAGGACAUAUUUACUGGACUGAUUGGAACAGAGAAGCUCCUAAGAUUGAAACUGCCUACAUGGAUGGCACAAACAGAAGGAUAAUAGUGAAGACUGAUCUCGCCUUGCCCAAUGGCUUAACAUAUGAUCCUUAUUCACUACUUCUGUGCUGGGUUGAUGCAGGCACUCAACGAGUAGAAUGCAUGAACCCUAAUCAAACAGGCCGUAGAAAAGUCCUUGAAGGAAUCCAGUACCCCUUUGGAAUUACGUCCUACGGGAAAAAUUUGUACUACACAGAUUGGAGGAGGGAUGCUGUCAUCUCAGUAGAGCGUACAGUGGGAAAAGAACUUGAUGCAUUUUUGCCUCAGAAGCGGUCCAGGCUCUAUGGCAUAACUACUGCAUAUUCACAAUGCCCUCCUGGCCAGAACUAUUGCACUGUGAACAAUGGUGGCUGUACACACCUGUGUCUGGCAACCCCUGCUGGUCGAACUUGUCGUUGUCCUGACACUGUCACUGGAGUGGGCUGUUUGGAGAGAGACAGUCGAUAUUAACUUAAGAAAGCAGACCCAUAUCUACCUUCAGGGAUCAUUCCAGUGUCUGCUGUGCGCUCCUUACCCAUUGCCUGGUGCUAUCACUUUCUUAGAUAUAGUCAUUAUAUAUGUCACUGAGCACUGGUAAUCAAAAUGUUUAAAUAUUUUAUAUUUACCACAACUCCAAUUUUUCUAGAAUUGUUUUAGAACAGAUGUCUUUUUUAUUAAAUGUAAAUACAAAGACAAAUAUUUGAAUAAAGUAUUCCCUGUGGUGCAUUAUUAUAGCUGUAUAGCUCCACACUGUGUCAAAAUUCUAGGUACAUUACAUUAUAACUGUGAAAAUGUUUUUGUGAACAAAGCAGUACAGGAAAUUGUCAAGUGAGUCAGAGGGUGAACUGCUCCCAGGUGCUUCUGAGCAGCUGCUAGUCUUGUUUUACAAUCUUUCCUGUUUAUAAAUCUGUUAUAAUAAAGUACCAUUCCAAUAUCAACAGUUCAGUAUAGUCUAUUUGGAAAUGUUUACAUUCUGUACAGCUAUCAAUAAAACAGAUUUUUUUUUU